AAUUCAUAAUGGAUCAAUUGAACUCAACAGUGUCUUCAUUGUUGGAUGCAAAUUUGAUUGCAACAAUAGAUUAUAUCACACUUCAACUCGUUCGCUACUUUUCUAUUUUUAUUUUUCUUUUUGGUUCGAUUGGAAAUAUUCUUAAUGUUUUGGUUUUAUCUCAACGAGCAUUUCGUUCUAAUCCAUGUGCUGUACUUUUUUUAUUCUCAUCAGUGGUGAAUUUUAUUGCUAUUCUUUCUGGUCUUCUUUCUCGAAUAUUGUCUGGUUGGGGAGCUGAUCUAACAGCAACAAAUCGUUUUUUUUGUAAACUUCGUGGCUUUGUUGUCAAUAUUACAAGAUCAGUAGCAAUUUGGUAUAUACUUUUUGCUAUAAUUGAUCGAUGGCUUUUGUCAAGUCCUAGUUUACAGCAUCGACAAAUGAGCUCAUUGAAAAAUGCUAAGCGUGCUAUGAUUAUAAGUUUUAUUGUAGCUAUCUUGAUUUUUUCACAUGUUAUCUAUUGUCAUGAGCCAAAUCUUAUUAAUGCUCCACAAAAAUGUUAUGGUAUAACAAUAGCAUGUCAAUUCGUGACGGAUAUAUCAUUUAUGCUUCUUACUAUUGUGCCUUUACCUCUCAUGUUAAUGUUUGGUUUGAUGACUGUUUGCAAUAUUCGUCAGUCAAGACGUCAAGUGGCUAAUAGAGGUACAUUGAUGGUAAGAAACACAAUGAGAGUUAAUAUGAAUCAACAACGUCAAUUAAGCAAGCAAGAUCAUAAUUUAAUAAUAAUGCUUCUCGUACAAAUUAUUAUUCUUUUCAUAUUAUCUAUCCCAUUGUGUUCUCAGAAGUUAUACUCAGCAAUAGUGGCUGAUAGAACAUCAUCUGCAUUACAGGAUGGUAUUGACGAUUUGACUUAUAAUCUUGCUCAAUUACUUCAUUUCUUAGCAAAUGGAAUGCCAUUCUACAUUUACACCUUGGCUGGUGGAAAAGUCUUUCGUAAAGCUUUAUUCAAAUUCUUCGUCAAUAUCAGCCACCAUGUAUUUCAUAGAUGGCGAUGACUUUUUUUAUUCGACAUAGCAUCUGAAAAUGUAGUGUUCAUAUCAAGGGGGAACAAACUGAUUUCGUCAUUUCGUAAUUUCAAGUGACUUCAGUGAUUUCAAAUGAUUUUGUGUCACGGGAAACAAGCAGACUUCCAGAUUGUCAGAGUGCAGAAGAUUUCGGAAGAUUCCGAAAGUUUUUGAAAAAAUUUCAAAGAUUAUAGAUACCAAUAUCUCUUUUUCCCAUUUAUCAGAGAUAAUCAGUUUUUGCUUGUCUUUAUCAUAAUGCUCCGAUUAUGCCUGGAAAAUCCUCAUAAGCGAGACCUUAGCUUUCAAAUUAUUUCUUAGCUAUAGUAAGAACAAAACAUAUGAUUGUUCGGGCCAUAUGAAAGACGACCCCCGAAUAACCUUAAGGUUGGCGCGAACAACCCUAUAUUUCUCCUUACAAUAACCAAGAAAUAGCUUCCUUGAAUGUAAUUGCUCGAUGCUGGAGAUGUGCAGUUCAGAUCGAUGAGCUCUUACGUGAUUGACUUGUACGGCUCUAGUUGUAAGGCGCCUUGUUUUAAGAUUUCACAAGAUUGCA